AUGUUUAUGGAUGUUCCGUCGCUUCCCAAUAUUCAUACACAAUAUGGCAACACCUUCCAGUCUCGUGCAUGGGUCACGUUGCCCGCAGUCUGUAAUAUUGCCGCAGAGAAUAUCAGAGCUAUCAACACGUCAAGAGACUUUGGCGUCGAGCCCAUAAGACUCCCUGCCAUGAAGUACUUUUGCGGAGAGGGUUUUAUCACGACUGAUGGGGAAGUAUGGAGCCGCUCGCGGAAACUGCUCAAGCCAUCAUUUGAUUUCAACAACCUGAAGGAUAUUGAUGUCCUUGAACAAGAAGUCAGCAGUAUGAUCAAGAAUCUGCCUAGAAACGGGUCGACCGUCGAUCUGCAGCCGCUUCUUUAUGUCAUGUUUCUCCAUUCUGCGUUGCAUUUUGUCCUAGGUGUACAUCCGUCAGACCAGGGGACGAGCGCUCCUCUGACAGCAGGUGAAUUUGUUCAAGACUUUCACAAAGCUCUCACCUACAGCAUGUUUCGAAGUUUCCUCGGACCAUUUUGGGCUCUGGUUCCAAAGGACGCCUUUUACAAGACUUGCGCCCGCGCACAUGGUUUCUUGGACCAUUACAUAGAUCAGGCACUCGCCAAACCCGAGUCGCUGAAGAGCAGAUCUUUGAUACAGAGUUUAGCCUCGCAGACUGAUGACCGGACAUUUAUCUGA